CAGUAAUUUUACAUGGGGUGGAAGCGCUGUGAGGCUCGCAAAGCAGCAGCAGCAGCAGCAGCAGCAGGCAGCAUGGUUUCAGACUUUUGUUGAAGAGACCACGCCUCUGGUUUGCUGCAGCUCGGUGUGCAGUGUGACAGCGGCUUGCCUGAAUUUAUUUCAGUCGGGGACGAGAGAGAAAUCAGGAGGAAGGAAUAAGGCGGAUAUCGGUGCCCUCUCUCUCCCUCUCUCUCAUGCAGUUUUGAGACGCCCCCUCCCUGCACCUGUUCUGCUUCGUCUUGUCGCCGUCUCGCCGGAGUUGAGCCUCUUGCGAGUGAGCGGACGUCGCUUCUCAUUGUUAGAUAGACGUUGUUUUGAGCAUGACUUCGACGUACAACCUGGAUUUCCACCCUCUGGCCGAAAGUCGGUUAAUGACUUCGAGCGACACAAUCAACGGAAACGGCAGCAAGAUGAAUGGGUCGCUGGAGCACUUGGACCAGCCAGACCCAGACUCCAUCAAGAUGUUUGUGGGACAGAUCCCGCGCUCCUGGUCAGAAACAGAACUGAAAGAGCUUUUUGAGCCCUUCGGAGCUGUUCACCAGAUCAACAUCCUCCGUGAUCGCACCCAGAAUCCCCCUCAGAGCAAAGGAUGCUGUUUUGUAACUUUUUAUACAAGAAAAGCUGCACUGGAGGCCCAGAAUGCACUGCACAACAUAAAGACCUUAAGUGGGAUGCAUCAUCCUAUCCAGAUGAAACCUGCUGACAGUGAGAAAACAAGUGCGGUAGAAGACAGAAAACUCUUCAUUGGAAUGGUUUCAAAGAAAUAUGGAGAGAACGAGAUCAGAAUGAUGUUCUCCUCUUUCGGACAGAUUGAAGAGUGCCGAAUUCUCCGUGGACCAGAUGGUCAGAGCAGAGGCUGUGCGUUUGUCACAUUUGCUACCAGGGCAAUGGCACAGAAUGCAAUCAAAACCAUGCAUCACUCUCAGACUAUGGAGGGCUGUUCCUCACCUUUGGUGGUGAAGUUUGCUGACACACAGAGAGAUAAGGAGCAGCGGCGCCUGCAGCAGCAGCUUGUUCAGCAGAUUCAGCAGCUCAACAGCGCCUCCACCUGGGGAAACUUGGCCGGCCUGGGGACCCUCACGCCGCAGUACCUGGCUUUGCUCCAGCAGGCCACAUCUACAAGUAACCAAGGCAGUUUCAACAGCAUUCAAAGGCUAGGAGCAGGUGUGAAUCCCCUUCAGCUGCAGAACUUGGCCACAUUAGCUGCUGCUGCAGCUGCAGCUCAGAGUUCUGGCAGCCCGACUUCCACCAGCGCCCUGUCUGCAAGCAGUGGAGCCCUGGGAGCCCUGGCUAGUUCAGCCGGUUCAACAGCAGGGUCCAGCGCGGGUGCUGCCAUGAGCACUUUGGCAUCUCUGGGCACCCUGCAGGGUCUCACUGGGACCUCUAUGGGCCUCAAUCUCAAUGCUCUCACCAGCAGUGUUGGUGGUAUGGGGACGAUGAAUGGAGGCCUGGGAGCCUCCAUGGCCAAUGGGUCAGCAGCCAGCUCCAUGGAUGCUCUGACCCAGGCCUACUCAGGGAUGCAGCAGUACACAGCCUCCGCCCUGCCCUCCCUCUACGGCCAGUCUCUCCUUCAGCAGAGCAUUGCUGGCAGUCAGAAGGAAGGGCCAGAGGGCGCCAACCUGUUCAUCUACCACCUGCCCCAGGAGUUUGGGGACCAGGAUCUUCUGCAGAUGUUCAUGCCUUUUGGAAAUGUGGUCUCUGCCAAAGUCUUCAUUGACAAACAGACCAAUCUGAGCAAGUGCUUUGGGUUCGUCAGCUAUGACAAUCCUGUGUCUGCGCAAGCUGCCAUUCAGGCCAUGAAUGGUUUCCAGAUUGGAAUGAAGAGGCUGAAGGUUCAGCUGAAGCGCUCCAAGAACGACAGCAAACCCUACUGAUCCUAGCCCCGGGCCCCCCCCCUCCCCAGCUCUAAUGCUAGCACUGCUAGGGUAAGUUCACCCUCCAGCCAAGGUCACCACAGCAGAGACUCAGUGGGACAUGGGGAAAGGAGCCCACCACAGGAGGGAGACUCACUCUAUUCCUAAAAAAAAAAAACCAAACAAAAAAAAAAACAUGGUUUGCAAUGAUCUUUCCACAUUUUACUGUAUUUCAUUCCUGAGGUUUUAUAAUGUGAUUUCAGUCGGAUUAAAUAUUUUAAUGUAUAUGAUUAUUUAUGAUUAUCACUGGAGUCAGUGUUCGCUGGAGGUAUUUUGUGUCACUGUAAUUAGUGGAGAGCAUCAGGUGUGUUUCCAUGCCAUUUCAUUGCCUUCAGGUCAAGCUAGACAGGUUGACUAAGGAUCAGUUGUUGUGUUGAAGGGCUGAAGCCAGGCCACGUAAACCCAGAGUUUCAACACGCGUUUGGCUUUUUCCAUGUAGUCUGUCUCUUUCAUUUGUCAUUCUCAAUGUGAAAAUCUUUUGCACUCUAAAUUCUUCAUUCAUCUUUGCUCCCCAUAUCUCUCCCUUUUCUGUCUCCCGCUCCUCUCUCUCUGUCGUGUCAUUAUCUAAGCCAUGUUGAGCUAGGCUACCUCUCUUUUCUCUAUUAACAACCCCUUCCAGUCAUUCCAUCCAUCCUCCAAGUCUCUCACAAGGGAUUGGCUCUAGAUGGAUCUCUUUGGGUGCCAAGUAUACAGUUUGCAUGUUGGAGUCUUUGGCAUAUGUCCCAGUGGUGUCACUUCCUUAAAUCUGUGUAUUGUUUUUGUGUGUCAGGAGAGCAAGAGGUGGGAGGGGGAGAUGUUUACCACUCUGUCCUUACUGUAUGUGGUGAUUGGUGUUGUUUUUUUGUUGUUUUUUUGUGCCUCAUGGCUAAACGAUUCUUGUGCUGUGCCCCUAACUUUCUUUUCUCUCCUCUUUGUCUUCUCUCUCUCUCUCCCCUCUCUAUCUCUUCCUUUCGUGUUUUUGUUCCUUUUUUAGAACAAAUCUCCAUGCCUGUUUGCUCAUCAUUAGCCUAGCAUGUCUUCAUGAUGUUGAAAGCCAAGCCAAACUCCUGGCCUCAUCAUCCCACCAUUGUCUGUGAUGUCUCUCUAAGCUCGCCUGACCAAUACCUGGCCACCCACUGACCCUUGACCUUAGCUCAACCUGAUUUUUCUGCAUGUAUAUCCUUUUUUUUUUUUUUUCUUUGUUUGUUUUUUUCUGUAUAGAAAUGUGACAGGUGGGAGAGAGGUCAAGCAAAUCAAUGUGAAAAACUUACCUGCGUUGAAUUCAUUUAAGACUUUUUGUUUUUGCAAAAUUUGUUUUUUUGCGAAUGUUUUAAAAACCUGUGGGAUUUCUUAUUUUUAGAAAUGUUUUUUUUAUGUUGCUUUCUUUUUACCUCUCUCAGUAAAGUUCACUUGAAAGUUGAAUACAGGGAUUGGCACACAGCUGUGCUAUUUGGUGCCAUUAGCAAUAUGUUGGCUUCUUUAACAAAAAAAAAAAAAACAUGCUAAAGACCACUUUUCAACACCUUUUUGAAAGUCUGACGAGUUAAACCCCUCUCAGUGCUCUGUAAUGAUCUCUACAUUUUGCCGGCAGUGUGAAGAUUUACACCAAGGCUAUUUAAAAUAUAUUUCCUUUUCAUUUACAAAAAUAUUCAGUGUAUUUACUUUUUUUUUUGAACUAUUGAUGGCACAAUAAAAGGUACAUUUGCUCUGUUUGGAGAAAUGACUACCUACAUGAGUCAACUUUUUUAGAACUGAUUCACAAAUAGACAAUCUGUGGUUUAAAUGCACACUUAGAUUACCUAUAUUUUAUACCAUUGAAUCUAUAGAAGUUUAACUAACAGAACCCAGGCAAAACUUUGGGUUUUUUGUAGAUUAUGUUGUAAUGUCAUCUGUGUCGGGGGGUCUUCAGUGUACUACAUUUUUAAAGAGGACUAAAAAUCAGUUUGAUCAGCGUGACCAUUUGCGGGUAAUUUCUAGAAAAUUAAACACUUUAAGUCAAAAAUCCUCUGCAUUACUUGUAAUUUCAACUUCUGGGGGGAAAAGAUUUUUUUUUUUUUUUUCCAGAGUCACAAUAUGUAGAUUUCUUUCUUUUUCUCCUGCGUUUGAAGAAAAAUUUUGUGUUCAACUUCCACGGUACGUCUUGUUGACUUUGUGAAUUUCUCAUUAAUAAUUUAAUUAAUGGAUGUUUCACUUUGGUUUAGUUUGGAUGCCUCAUGUUGAAAGAUGGAUUUACUAUGUCUGUUAAUCAUACAGAUGCCAGACAAUGUCUUCUUGUUUUUAUUUUGUUAAAGUGCCCAUGUGUCAAACUGUUUUUGAAUUCACACAUUUUUGUCCUGUAAUAUUACCUAGUUUUCUUUACACACACACACACACACACACACACACACACACACACACACACACACACACACACACACACACACACACACACACACACACACACACACACACACACACUUUCUGUGAUUGCAAAUGUGGGAGCCCCUGAAGAAGAGAUCACUUGGACACAACACAUGGCCUGUGGGUCUCUGCACAUUUUAUAGACACACACUUGCUUUUUUUUCUUGUUUUUUGCUGAUCGUUCUUUUAAGUGACUUCCAGUAUCAUGUUUUAGUCGUACACAAUGCACAGCACAUUAAUACUACUAAAUCCACCACAAUAGUGUUGGUUUAUAAAUACAUUCCAUUUUUUCAGCACAAAGUUUACACUUUUUUUACCGGGGUGGUAUUUUGUCUUGUACUACAAGUUGUUGAGACAACCUUGGUAAAAUAACAACCACUCCCCCCCCCCCCCCCCCCCCCCCCCCCAAAGAAGGGUUACCUAAAACUGCGUACCUGAUGGCGCUAAAGAGUUGUCAACUCAGGGGCUUUUUUGUGUGGAUACUCACACAGGAUUACAAUACAAAAUGCACAGUUGUCACCAUUUGACUUUUUUUUUUUUUUUUUUUUUUUUUUGGGUUUGGAUUUUCUUCCUUUCUCAAAAUGCAUAAAAAUUCCUAAAUACAUAAAAUAAAUGGGUACCAAAUUAGAAACCGUGCUCGAGGGAAAGUGUUGUAGUUUUGUAAGGAAACGUUAAGCACAAUUGUGGGAGCUAAUCACUGUUACAGAAUGGGGGGUGUGUGUGUGUGUGUGUGCGCUUAUAAUCCCCAAAUUUUCAAGGUACCACUGAUUUCACUUUUUAAUAUGGGCAUGUGCUUUUUACAGUGUGUUUUUUCUAUCCAAAUGCAAUACAAUAUUCAAAGUGCCAUAUAUACGUCUAGAAACUGCCUACACAUCCUUAUUAGGCCUUGGUUUAGAGAUUGCUGCAGUUCGCCUUUUUUGUCUAUUUAUGCCAGUGUCAUGAAAGCUCUUGUCCCCCUUCUCCUCAUCCUCUCCCCCACUCUGUGUGUUGAGUUAUUGGUAAAUGUGUAUUGUGAUGUACUCAAUUUGAACAGUUGAUUAAAAAAUUGUAGAUAAACAAUAAACUUCCCUAUACAUUUGAAGGUUAAACCUCUUUCUUAGUGAGUGUGAACACGUGUACUGUAACACUUUGCGAUACAAAUCACGAUUGGUGAUCGAAUGUGUUGAGGGAAUUUUGUUUGGAAUUGAAAAAAGUCAUAAAACAAGCUAAAACUCAAGUAAACAAAAUUGGGAGCCAUGUUGAUAAGAUCUUAAAAUGAUAGAAUUGUGUGUCAAACACUGAAAUGAUUGCAGAUGUGCGGCGAUGUGUUGUAUGGUGAAGUGUUACUGUGAAUGAAUAAAAAAAAGCACAAUGUACAGUCCACAGCGGUCCCAACAGGAACUUGACUCACUUCAGGGGCUUCCAUCACAAAUCUCAUCAAGCUCUUAACAAUCACUUUCUUGUGUUGUUUUCAUAUUCUGAAGUGCUAUUUUUUUUUUUUUUUGACAGUGUGGUAGCUUUGCAUCUCUAUAGAUAUUGUCUUGAUCCAAAAGAAGGGAGGAGGAGGAAGGAAAAAAAAAACAUCUUGUGUUAUUUUCUUGUCUGAUAAUCGGUAGGACUUUGUUCAUGUUCCACCAAUAAUUUAAUAGAUGUUUUAUCUUGUCUUGAUGAAAGCCAAAGUGGGUGCAUCUUGAUGUGAUCUGUAUUAUACAUACAGUAGUUCUUCUGUUCAGUGAAAAUCAAUUUUUUUGAAACUGGGUGGGAUUUGAAAAAGAGAAAAAAAGACAUACACAGGCUUUCCAAUUUCUACAACUGGUUGUUCAUAUGUAUUUUGUACCAGUGAAGCUUUUUAUAUUGGAAAUUAAAGGAAAAAAAUCUAUAUUGGGAAAAAAAAUUGUCUGGCCUCUCAAUGUGGCCUUGCCUUGACCAGGUCUUGAGUUUGGCCUCUUGGUGGUGUCAAGCAAUUUUUUUUUUUUGUUGUUGUUUUGGUUUUUUGUCUCUAAAAAGAUGCCUGAUUUUGAAUUUACUUCGAUCUCUACAUGUUUCUUCACUCCGUUAAUCAGUUUCAGUUUCGGGGGGGUUGGGAUCCUCUAACUCGUGGUAAGUUUCAUGUUAGUAUUUGUGCUGUCCACAUAGUUUAAUGGUCAUCAGGAUUUCGACAACUUGUGUGGAUAAUUGUCUUAGUUGAAGAGUUAACUGUUUAGUUUGAGCCUUGCUUUUUACCUGUGUAGAGUUUUCUGUUUUUCCCAUAGCGGCGUGUGUAGCCGAAAGACUCUGUGUUCUUUUUUUGGUCAAUGUUUGUUCAUGUGUGGUGUGUUUCUUUGCCUCUGUCUCCAAAUUAAACCAUUUCCCCUAAUAUGGA